UUACCCCGCUGCCUCUAGGUUCUAGGAAGAUGGCGAAGGUCUCAGAGCUUUACGAUGUCACUUGGGAAGAAAUGCGAGAUAAAAUGAGGAAAUGGAGAGAAGAAAACUCAAGAAAUAGUGAGCAAAUUGUGGAAGUUGGAGAAGAGUUAAUUAAUGAAUAUGCUUCUAAGCUUGGAGAUGAUAUUUGGAUCAUAUACGAACAGGUGAUGAUUGCAGCCCUAGAUUAUGGUCGAGAUGACUUGGCAUUGUUUUGUCUUCAGGAGUUAAGAAGACAGUUCCCUGGCAGUCAUAGAGUCAAACGAUUAACAGGCAUGAGAUUUGAAGCUAUGGAAAGAUAUGAUGAUGCUGUACAGCUAUAUGAUCGAAUUUUACAAGAAGACCCAACUAACACUGCUGCCAGAAAGCGUAAGAUUGCCAUUCGAAAAGCCCAGGGGAAAAAUGUGGAGGCCAUUCGGGAGCUGAAUGAGUAUCUGGAACAAUUUGUUGGAGACCAAGAAGCCUGGCAUGAACUUGCAGAACUUUAUAUCAAUGAACAUGACUAUGCAAAAGCAGCCUUUUGUUUAGAGGAGCUUAUGAUGACUAAUCCACACAACCACUUAUACUGUCAGCAGUAUGCUGAAGUUAAAUAUACCCAGGGUGGACUUGAAAACCUCGAACUUUCAAGAAAAUAUUUUGCACAGGCAUUGAAACUGAACAACAGAAAUAUGAGAGCUUUAUUUGGGCUUUACAUGUCUGCAAGUCAUAUCGCUUCUAAUCCAAAAGCAAGUGCAAAAAUGAAAAAGGACAACAUGAAAUAUGCUAGUUGGGCAGCUAGCCAAAUAAACAGAGCUUAUCAGUUUGCAGGCCGAAGUAAGAAGGAAACCAAAUACUCUCUAAAGGCAGUUGAAGACAUGCUGGAAACAUUGCAGAUCACCCAGUCUUAAGGUUUCAAAAACUCUUUGACAUUAGAUUUCACAACUGCACAGUUGAAAUUAUUGACCUGUGACUUAUUUAACUAAAUGCCCAGUGCUAUUUAUAUUCUAAUUUUCUGUGAAGAAGGCAGUUGUAAAGAAUGUGUUUAUAUAAGCCUAAAAAUGCCUUUUACUACUAAGCAGGGAGAUGGGGGAAAUCCAUGGAAGAAAGAAAUAAGACCUAUUGAUUGUACAUCGGUCUUUUCAUAUCACACAUAUAACUGCUUUUAAUCCACAAUCUGAUGUAGAAAUAACCUUGUUAAAUAAACCAUGAUGAUUUGUUAAACUUGCA